AUGAGCCUCAAGUUGGAUUGGGGGCGCGAUGGCUUGCACUUUCAUGACAGCCCAGAGGACCCCUGCCCCAACGGCGACGUCCUGGAGCGGAAGUGGUGCGCUCGCCUGUCCGCCACGGAGGUUCUGGUCCACUGGGAUGCAGUGAAGGAGAGGAAUUACGAGCUCUCCCGCUGGAAUUGCCAGCACUUCAGCAAGUGCCGCGGGUUUUCUUGUUCUUUGGAUCGGACAAAUGCGCAAAUCUUCGUGCCGUUUACGAGCUAG